GAAAGGCCUUCGACAUCACAUACGUACGUCUGAAGUUUCAUACCAGUCGGCCAGAGAGCUUUGCAAUCUACAAACGCACCAGGGAAGAUGGCCCGUGGGUGCCCUACCAGUAUUACAGUGGCUCCUGUGAGAGCACGUAUCACAAAGUCAAUCGUGGCUUUAUUCGGACUGGAGAGGAUGAGCAGCAGGCACUCUGUACGGAUGAGUUCAGUGACAUCUCCCCCCUCACUGGAGGCAAUGUGGCAUUCUCAACACUGGAGGGACGUCCCAGUGCCUAUAACUUUGAUAACAGCCCCGUGCUACAGGAAUGGGUGACAGCUACAGAUAUUAGAGUGACCCUCAAUCGUCUGAAUACAUUUGGAGAUGAAGUUUUCAAUGAUCCGAAAGUUCUUAAGUCGUAUUACUAUGCAAUUUCUGAUUUUGCUGUGGGUGGUAGAUGCAAAUGUAACGGGCAUGCGAGUGAGUGCAUGAAGAACGAGCUCGGGAAGCUGGUUUGCAACUGCAAGCACAACACCUUUGGGGUCGACUGUGAAAAGUGUCUUCCUUUCUUCAAUGACCGUCCAUGGAGGAGAGCAACAGCAGAGAGUGCCAAUGAAUGCUUGCCUUGUGACUGCAAUGGGAGGUCACAGGAGUGCUACUUUGACCCUGAGCUGUACCGCUCGACGGGCCAUGGGGGCCACUGCACAGGCUGCUCAGAUAACACCGAUGGUGCCCACUGUGAAAGGUGCAGGGACAGCUUCUAUCGACUGGGGAGUGAGGAGGGAUGUCUGCCCUGCAGUUGCAACCCGGUUGGGUCCCUCAGCACACAGUGUGACAGCUAUGGCCAGUGCAGCUGCAAACCUGGUGUGAUGGGUGAUAAGUGUGACCGGUGCCAGCCAGGUUUCCACUCCCUCUCCGAAGCUGGGUGCAGGCCUUGUUCUUGCAACCUAGCUGGCAGCACAGGGGAAUGCAGUGUUGAGACAGGACGGUGUACAUGCAAAGAAAAUGUUGAAGGCUUUCACUGUGAGAGAUGCAAACCUGGAUUUUUCAAUCUGGAUUCCUCCAAUCCAAGGGGCUGUACUCCCUGCUUCUGUUUUGGACACUCUUCUGUCUGCACCAAUGCCAUCGGCUACAGUAUUUACAGCAUCACCUCCAGCUUCCAGUUUGGAGAGGAUGAGUGGCAUGCUGAGCAGCGUGAUGGCUCGGAAGUCUUACUGCAGUGGAGUGCAGAGACCCAGGAUAUAUCUGUUAUCUCGGACAGCUACUUCCCCAUCUAUUUUGUUGCACCACGAAACUUCUUGGGCAACCAGGUUUUGAGUUAUGGGCAAAACCUGACCUUCUCCUUCCGCGUGGAUAGACGGGACACACGCCUCUCAGCAGAGGAUGUGGUGCUGGAAGGGGCUGGGCUGAGAGUGUCAGUGCCACUCAUUGCCCAGGGUAACCCUUACCCCAGCGAGAACGCGCUGAUCUACACCUUCAGGCUCCAUGAGGCUACAGAUUACCCGUGGAGGCCUGCUCUUACAGCAUUUGACUUCCAGAAGCUUCUCCACAACUUGACUUCCAUCAAGAUCCGUGGGACGUACAGUGAGAGAA